UAGGCAAGCCUGGGGAGGGAGGUGAGAGAAUGUUAUGAACUGGGGCCCAGAUUAGGACCAUGGAAAAACCACGCCUGGAAGUUGUGGUGAGACCCACAGAAGAAGACCUUUGUCAGAAACGCCCAGCGCCGGCCUCUGAGGAAGAACAACCUGUUUAUAAAAGACUACGGAUGGAUUCGCCAAUUUAUCCAGUCGAGUCAGAGGCCUCUCUACCACCAGAGAGGACCUGCCCCACAGCGCCCCCUCCAGCCUGCUCCACAGCUCUGCCUUUGUCCACACACCAGUGCAAGAAACCUUCACGCAGGCCUGCUUAUCAUCCCUUUGAUUUCACCUCAGACGAGCUGGACCCUGCCUAUGAGUGGCCAAGGGAAUCUUCUUCUGCAAGGAAAAGUGGUGCAGAUGUGAUCCCUCUCCUCCGAAGCACUCUGGGCCAGUUUCCUUUAGGCUUGCGUCUGGAUAAGCUGGAGGCCCUGGUGUGGAAGGAGCACAAGGUCAAGCUGUGGAAACUGUGUUUGGAUCGAGGCUACAGUGACAGCCUGAAGUUCUUGGAGGUGGUACCUGGGAUCAGGCUCAAACCCUCAGGCAAAGGGACUUUCCGGUGCCUUGUGCAGUUGGACCCAGGAUACAAGAUCCAGGCCCUCAAAGGACUCGUCUGCCUUUAAAAGGGGCACAAGAGCAAAUAUUUUGCUGCCUCAAGCUGCUCUUCCACUAUCAGCAUAGACGAAGCAACCAGAGAAUCUGCACCUUACUGGAAUUUUCCCUUCUCCACAACAACUGAAGAGAUGAGAGCUCUCUUGAAUCUGGAUCCUAGCAACCAUAAUUCACUUCAAUCCAUGCUGAUAAAUUGUUCUAUGAUGCAACAGUAUGUUAUUUUUUCCUUUGUCAAUGAGUCUCAGACAUCUCUUCCCACUUGCUUUAGGACACUGCAGUGGCAGGAACACUAGAGCCUUUGAACAAAUGGUAAUAGUCACAGAUGGACCGGCCUUCAAUAAAUCAUCUGGGUUGUGCCUGUU